AGCACUGCGCUGACAUUGAAUAGAGGUAAUAAGUUACAUUUAUGGUUAAUAUUAAUAUGUGCACACAUCAAAAUGCAAAAUCAUCCUACGCGCUUUGUAACCGUUACUUAUAAAGUGAGUUUAAGUCGUAGAUAGCCCGAAUAAACGGUUACUCAUUAAUAAUAAUAAUAAUAAAAAAAGUUCGACAGCCCUUUCCUAACGGGACGUCCCUUCCUUGUAACGACCUACGUCGACGGCUGAUCUAAAUUUCCUCUCCACUGAGAGAUAUGACCAGAGUCUCAUUGGGGUAGGCGGUUUUCCGCAUGGAAAGUGUUGUUUUAUGUGUUGCCCGUGCAACCAGAGUACAGCUCAACCUAUAAAGACGCGCACUGAAGAUGGCCUUUCUCUCCAGCUUAGAAGACACGUCAAACUCUUCAAUAAUAAAUGAGCACGGUCGGUUGGAUACUGCGGACACCUGUGCGUGCUCUACAACUGCUGAGCUCAGUGAGGCAGUGUCAGUAUCCUUGGGUUUGGAUUCGGUGUCUUCUCCUCUCAACAGCAUGAACCAGUGCUCCAGCAGCGCCUUGGCAGACUGCGACCAAACAUGUGGGAAUAGUUCCCAAGGAGUACUGGAGUUAGGGGCGGCUGUAAAUAUGAACUCACAAGGCAGAAACUUAGGAGAAGACGACUUUGGAGAAGUGUGCUAUCACGACAUACAGCAGGUGAGCUGUAUGGAUCUGCUCAGAUCGGGCGAAAUGGACAGCGCGCAAAGUGUAACGCGCGACCCGGUGAUAUCCAGGUAUGUCUGCAAGGAAUCAAACUUAUUUAUGAAUCCUUCGGCUGAGCUGUCCGCGCCCUCUCAAGUGGACGAGCUUUUAUCUUUGAAACCAAAUUCUGCUUACUCUGUAAAUCCAAACCUAUACAGAGAUAGCCUGGGUGUGUGGUGCGCAAACGAGCGCGCAUUGAGCGGGCGAUCCGAACCAGCGAGAGACGGAUCAGGUGCACAUAAUUUGUGUAAAUAUGGUAAUUGCGGUCAAGCCUUUCUUGGAUCCAGGCAGGACUGCCACUGUGUCUGGUACAGCAAGGGCGAUCAAGGUGGUAAAGGUGGCAUGAGAACAGCAAUGGCACAAGGGUAUGGCCAAGUGGAAAGUUACCAAAGUGCAAUUUCUCACGGGCAGGCCACUUGCUCCACUAUCAAGUCCGAACCUUCAGCGUGGAUGGACUGCACGAAUCGGAGUUUCAGGCAUGAGGAUUUGUUUCCGAGUGUGUACCUGUCAGACAGGAGAGUGUGUCAGGUGUGUGGCGACGAUGCUUCAGGUUGUCACUAUGGAGCAUUGACCUGUGGGAGCUGCAAAGUAUUCUUCAAAAGGGCUGCUGCAGGUAAGCAGAACCACCUGUGCGCCAGCCGGAAUGACUGCACCAUCGACAAGCUGAGGCGGAAAAACUGCGCCUCGUGUCGCUUAAAGAGGUGCUUCAUGUCAGGAAUGAGCCUUAAAGGUCGCAGGCUGAAGGGAGCAGGACAGACAAGGAACGUAGAGGAGGAACAACCUUCAGCUCCCUGGGGUCCUGGAGAAAGAGGAGAGAGGCCAGGGAAGAAAGAUGUAAUCUUGGAGCCUGGAAGUGCAGUUGCCAGGACUCAAGGCGCAGCGUCCCAGGCCUUGGCUCUGGGCAUUCCCCCUACCGUGCGCUCCUGCCUAUCCCUGCUCAGUGUACUGCAGACCAUUGAGCCAGCUUUGGUCAAUGCUGGACAUGACCCUGCCCAGCCUGACAGCUCUGACUCUUUACUAACCAGCCUCAAUGAGCUGGGGGAAAGACAGCUGGUGACCGUAGUGCGCUGGGCCAAGGCAAUCCCAGGUUUCCGUGACCUGCAUGUGGAUGAUCAGAUGACAGUGAUUCAGUUGUCAUGGAUGGGGGUGAUGGUGUUCGCUUUGGGCUGGAGAUCCUACACCCUUACUAACAGCUCCAUGCUCUACUUUGCUCCAGACCUGGUCUUCAAUGACCAGCGGAUGCAAGUCUCCAGUAUGUAUGAACACUGUGUGCGGAUGAAGCUGCUGUCCCAGCAGUUCUGCAUGCUGAAGGUCACCCAAGAGGAGUUCCUAUGCAUGAAGGCCCUGGUCCUCUUCAGCAUCAUGCCAAUGGAGGGCCUGAAGAGCCAGCGUUGUUUUGAUGAACUGCGGACCUCCUACAUCAAGGAGCUGGACCGCUUGGCCAGCCACUGCGGAGAGACCACCCGUACACAGAGACUGUUUCAGCUCACACAGCUGCUGGACUACCUCCAAUCGAUUGUGAGGAAGUUACACCAGUUCACCUACGAUCUGUUCAUCGAAGCGCAGUCCCUGCAGACGCGUGUAAACUUUCCAGAGAUGAUCUCGGAGAUUGUAAGCGUUCACGUGCCCAAGAUCCUCUCAGGCAUGGUCAAGCCCAUCCUUUUCCAUGAUACAGUCUAGAGAGGUGCUUCUGUGAUUAUCCAGUAUGUGACUCGGGCUCCGGCACCCUGUCCUUCGAGGUGGAAGGUGAAAGAAGUAUAAGCCUAUCUUUAGCUGCAGGUGACAAUGGGGCACACUGAGGCUAUGAAAGGAUACUAACUAAAGGGAAUAUAACACACUGUUCCAGUCUAUUGUAAUCUUAUUAGUCUGUUCUUCUUACUGCCUGCUCUCUGUAUCACACACAUGAUCAAAUGAUUAAAACACUUUUUAGCAUGCAUUCCUCCCCAUGACCUCAUGAAUGUCCAACCACCUGGCAUGUAGACUCAAUAUUUCAUUUCAAGAGGUAAGACAGUAGCAGAUUUUUUUUUUUGCAGAGUUCACAUCACCAUAGCUUGUCUAUGUGCAGUAGUAUGACUUUUGGAUUAGCUCUUAUUACAAUGAAUGUUAUUGUGUGCACCUGAGAUGAACAAAGUUGUUGAUUGACAGUUAAUAAGCUGUUGUGGCAUGCAUGCUAAGAAGUGACGCCGUCUCGCCUGAAGGCAUAUAUAAACAUUUUCAGAAAACUGUUCUCAUCCAUAGAGAUAAAUGGCCGACUAAUUGUCAAAGGUCGAUUAAUUAAACACGCUUUUAACCUUCAGCUGCAUUCAUGCAAAUUUCACAUGUAUAUUUAUGCAUAUUGUGAUGUUACUGGUCACACUACAACAAUGCAAUCACAAGAAAAUAACAGCAUAGAACGCACAGAAGACCCCACUGACUUAAUUGAUUUGCACUAUGAGUGGGGUUUUUUUUGUUUGCUUGUUUUUGAAUGUCAUACAUUAUUGAAGAACAAUUUUUUCCAGAGUGGACAUUUCACACUGUUGUAACUUUUCUACUGUUGUACUUUCUUAAAAUGUUCUUAGCAAGUGCUUUGUAGUGAAUCAUCAUGUAGUCAUUGUAGCUUCUGAAAGAUUUUGCUGAAUCUUUAAAGGUCAGGCCAAGAAUUUGCUCAUUUGUGGCAACAUUUACAACUUAAUGUGUAAUAAAACUGAAGCAUGAGUG